AUGCACACAUCAGUUCUGUUAGCCUUACUUCCUCUAUUGGCCCUUCAAUCGUUGGCUGCACCUCAAAGGGGUUUACCAUUACCAGCAAUUUUGCGUCGACAAGAACAAGCGCAACAAGUAGGAGCAUUAGAUCUUCCUCCUUCACUUAACACUGCCUCUCCAACUAUAGACCCAAGUAUUGAUCAAUCGGCCUCAGCUACUGUAGCCGAUAUAGAUGACGAAUUCGAUCUAGGUCCGACUGCUAUGCCUACUUUAUGGGAAAUCAAUACUGUUCCACAAACUCUUCUCGCUCAAAACCAAAACCAAAACCAUGAUCAAGCUCAACCUACUAUCACACCUUCUCCUACUGGUUUAUCAAUUAUGGAUCCAAGUGAAGAUGUAAUGUAUGACUCGAUCAAUCAACCUUCUCCAACUCCGACUCCUAUCCCUGCUCCCACUGAGGAUAUGGCUUUGGACAUGACAGCUGCAAUCACAGAAGCUGCUAUGACUUCGAUAGCUGCUGUCAGUACUUCUUACGCAGAUCCAUCCAGUACUAUGUCCUCAAGCGCUACUGUCUCUACUUCGUACAUGAGUCAGUCGGCUAUCCCAACUCCGACUUCAAACUCAAUGAGUGGAUCAUCCAUUUCUCAUCCUUCGAUCACCUCCUUUGUACCUUCGUCAACCACACUUGCCUCGAUAAAUAUGAGUACAAGUACCAGUGCAGGUGCACCAAGUAUGACAGUCAAAGCUGCCUCAAGCGAAGAGCCAUCGUCCUCAUCUGAUAGUGAUGAUGAACAUUCGAACUCACAUCCGAAAGGAAAGAAAAUCCGAUAUAAGCAUUGUUCAGAUAUUCACGGUACAGUGACUGAUAUCAGAGUUGAACCCUGUCAAGGAGGUAAAGGAACUAUUUUAGAUCCUUGUCAAUUCCACGCUGGAAAUAAUUACACUAUAACGCUUUCGUAUGUUUCACCGGACAAUUCGACUUCCCCAAGAACCAAUUUAGUCGCUAGAGAUAAAUCAGCGAGCAAAGAUGAAUACUUCCCUUAUCCAGGUCAAUCAUUUGACGCUUGUCAAUAUACUUCAUGUCCUGUUCAGAACCAAGAGGUUCAAACUUAUACAUACGAAUUUGUGACUCUGAAUAAUCGAUUUGAUCAACUCACAUUUAACAUGACUGAUGGAUUAGAUGGUGAAUCUCUCAUGUGUGCUUAUUUCCCUAUAACCUUUAUGCCAAAUUUAGCUGGUAGAAGCGUCAAGAGGAAUUUACCUUUUGCGGGUCUAGGUGCUCGGUGGUAA